CUGUAACGUUACAUGCCUCUGUAGGAUCCAUAUGGCACCGCCGACCACAUUUCGGAUCAAGCAUAAAUUGUCUCUUAAAUGCGCUGCAUGUUCAAUCUGAGGUCUGCAUUGGCCUUGCAGCAUUUACAUGAUAUUGUCUCUGCAGAAGUCAGGGAGUGCAUUCAUAUUUCUGCUUCGCAGAGCUAUAUGGGAGGUCCUGUAAAACAAACUAACUUCAUUGACAAUUUAUUUUACAACUACUCUGCUCGGCGAAACGGAAGAAGUAUGAAUGCCCUGACUUCUGCAGAGGCCGUAUCAGCUGCACGGCCAAUGCUGAUGGCAGAUUGACCAUGGAGCGCCUUUAACCUGCUACGAAAAAGUUACGUUUGGUUUUAACUGUACCCACUCUAGUCAAAACCGUGUUUUUCUCCAGAAUUUGAGCAUCAACGAGCGAAGCGAUCCAAUGAAAGCGCUUCGAGUGGCAGAAGGCAUGUGCUAGGCCUUUUGCGGAAUGUAUUUAUAAACUAUAUAUAUUUCCCAAAGGUAUAAGCCACUCCAGUUUUCUAUUCUAAUAAAGGCCAUGUUAUUUUCUGCGAAAGUUAUGUAUAGGCUUUUUCUAUCUGCAAUUAAUUAGUGCAACAAACCAAAGUCAUUUUGAAAAGUUACCUUAGUAAUCUAUGCUAUUUUAAGGCGUUUGUAUGGGGAAUUUAACAACAUGUGGGGUUGGAUUGAUUAUUACAGUGAGUUAACCGUUAUUCCAGCCUUGCAAUGAUUCUGCUCAACCACGGGCCCUUUAAAAAGGAUGGAGGAUGAGGGAAAUAGGCGGAGCAUAGAUGCUCAACGUGUUGCUGUUGGCGCUGCAGUAUUGAGCUCUACUCUGCAGUGCUAUCACAGUCUACAGUAACACCGCAAUAUGAAGUCUGCCGAAAUCACCCGCUCUCCAUCAACAUUCCGGGCAGUCUUUGUGACAGGUAUGAUUACGGGUGCCUAAUAACCAUGGGGACCCAACAUAGGAGGACGGAUGCCAGCUGAGCCCCUCAACUCACCAGACCAUCGCUGUUGUCAAUAUCCCAGAAUUGUCAGCUAGGCCCCUAAGAAGGCCUUCUUGCAAACCCUUGGAGCCAUGGAACACAAAAUACAACAGAGGGACAAAAACAAGCCCAGCUACUUUGGCAACGUCAAGACCAGACUGGGGUCCAAACUCCCUGUUGGGGACACCCAGUCCCCCAGGUUAAUUUCCGGACCCUUGGAGACAGGGCCUCAGACCGACCCAACCAAGGAGGCCAGGGCCAGCGGUCAGGGCCACCGUGCCGUGGGGCGUCCCCUUGACCACGUCCCCCACAUCCGGAACCCCCGACUGCGACAGUAUUACCUCCAAGAGCCUAGAUGUGGAAUGGAGGGAACCAUGGCCAAGUCCAAGGGCAGAGAUCACCUGUCAGAUGACAAGGUAGACACUAUGGCUCAACAUGAAUACACGGUGUUCAGUGUCACCUCCAAGUGCAAUAGCCUGGCUGAUCAGACUAAGCUGAACAGGCAGCUCUCCAUCUCUUCCUCCCUCAUCUCCCGGCAGAACCUCCGCGUUCCCAAGAGUAAAGGCUCUGGCCAAGGCUCAUCUCCCGCAGUGAUGCACCUUGACCCCAACCUCAGGCUGGAGCCAGAGUUGGACACUAACCCAGGGCAUGGGCUUUUUCCGGCCCCAUCUGCCAGCCCUCACUCCCCGUCACCAGAUGCAGAGUAUGACAAACUACUGGAUGUGGAGGCGGUGCCAAUGCCUGACGGACAGCUCUGCCUACUGGCCCUCCCUCCCGAGUGCUCCCAAAGGGAAGGGCAAGCCGCCAUGCCAUAUCUCAAAUUGUUCAGCCGCUACAUCACUGACCGCAAGGGUGUGGUUUCUGGUAUCUUGCUAGUGACGUCCAAUAAGAUCUUCUUUGACCCGUGUAAGACCCACCCGUUGGUGAUGGAGCACGGCUGUGAGGAGUACCUGCUGUCCUGCUCAGUGGACAGCCUGGACUCUGUCUCGUUCUACUCGGACAUUUCCCACGUGCACUUCAACACCUCCACACACAGGUGGAAAGGAACUAAAAAGACCCAGAAAACGGUCUCCAAAACUGGCAAGACGCUCCAGCAGGGUGGGAGGCGAAGCAGCCGUAGCCCACAGCACAAGGGGGAGACUGUCCCAGUGCUGGUCUCUGCUGCUACGUCGGAGCUGAGGUCUGCCCUGGCUCUCAGCCUGGUCCAAGGGUUCGCUGAGGAGGAGAGUAGCAGUGACAUGACUCAGGCAGAGAAGCAGCUGGAGGGGAAGGGAAGCCCACUGGAAGAGCUGGUUGUGCAGUCAUCCGGGGCUGAGCUGAGCAGUGCUGCCACCUUUUGUUGUGGAGGACAAGUGGCAGCAGGGACGAAAAAUCUAGUGAGAAUGGAGCAGGUGGACAGAGAGGGGACGGAGAAGGAGCAGUCUGUGAGGAAUCGGAUGUCAGGCUUCUCUAGACCUUCAGGGACUUUUGGGUGUCUCAUGUUUGUCAGGCUGCGGCUCCAGGGGUCCGCUGGUAAGAAGGGUGUGGCUGCAGGCUUGCAGCUGGGGACAACAAAAACCUUACCCCGGAGGGAUGCCUGGUUCGCCUUUUCCCAGGAGAGCUCAGACGAGCUCUACGCCUAUCUGAGCCACUGGAGGCCUGACCUAUGCGUACUGGAGGGAGGGUCGGAGGAGGGGGAGGGCGACAAAGACGAGUUUGUACUGGUUGACAACGGGGAGGAGGAGGAAGAAGUGUCCAAGAACCACGGACGGACUGGGGAGGACUGGGAGAUGGUGUCAGUGGAGGAUGGUGGCGGGAGACUACCUCUGGUCAUGGACAAAGAUCCAGAGGGACUGUGUGAGAUUGUGGAGCAGAGUCGCAUCUUGGACGCAACGCUUGUCAGAGAGCUCUCAGCCGAGUUGCCUCCCAGGACAGUGGGCCACAUGUGGCAUCUGGCCUACAGCACUUCUCUUCACGGCUCCAGCCUCAAGUCCCUCUACCGGAAGCUGAACGGCAGUGACUCGCCUGUACUCAUGGUCAUCAAGGACUCGCUCAAUCAGGUGUUUGGGAGCUUUCUCUCUCACCCACUGAGGCCGAGCGAGACCUUCUAUGGCACAGGAGAGACAUUCCUCUUCAUGCUGCAUCCUCGAUUCAAGUGUUUCAGAUGGACAAGAGAGAACUCCUUCUUCAUAAAGGGAGACCUGGACUCUUUUGCUAUCGGAGGAGGAAGUGGUCACUUUGGCCUGUGGCUGGAUGAGACGCUGUACCUGGGCAGGAGUAGCCCCUGUUACACCUUCAACAACUGCUGCCUCUCAGAAAGAGACGACUUCCACGUCAUAGAGCUGGAGGUGUGGACAUUCUGGUGAAGGCCUGCCCUCUUCAACUUGCCUAGCAACACCCACUCAUGAUGCCUGGCUGUCCAAUGACUGCUUUAAACAAGACUCUAGAACAAUGAGUUGGAUGUACCUCACUAUUUUGACUUAAUUCUUAAUUCCCCCCCCCCCCCACACACACACACACACACACACACACACACACACACACACACACACACUCUUUCGCAGGUUGGUAUGGUCCUCACGGUCAUCUGACUCUGCCUUGUGGAUACUGUAGUUCAGUGGUGGAAUUCACAUCUUCUAGCAAUGGAUCUCCAUCUGAAGGCCUACCUGCAUGUGUAAGCCUGCAUUUCCACCCCAGCACAAUUGGCACUGUUAUUCUAGCACCAUUUUUUUUUUUUUUACACAUCUUUUUUGCUGCCUGUGAAUCGCUAACCUGAAGGUGGCUGUCUCUUUUGUAAAAUGGAGGAACUGAAAUUCGAAGAACUAGGGGCUCACUAUGCCCCUUUUUGCAUAUAGACCAAAUUAUAUGAACUGAUGUACACAUUUAGUCAAAGCGAACAAAAAAAAGGACUUGGGGGAACAUGGUCUAACCUAAAUAUUUAUAGAAAUGUUUUAUGUUACCCAAUCAAACAAUACAUGAAAGUUGCUGUCACUGAUCAAAAGUUAGAUCUAUGUUCCCACAAUAUAACAAGUAGACAAAAUGUGGCUAAUGUUAUUAUAACAUGUCUUUAUCUGAUACUUUUUGAGAAACAUCGAUUUCAUCCAGUGGUCAUUGCAAGCUUACGGGACUGAAAAUAACAAUCAAGACUCAAUCUAUUUUUUUUUUUUUUUUGCACAAAAUUAGGCACAAAUAGUCUAAGGUUAUUUCAAGGGGAUGACUACCUCUGCAAUGCUAACAUGUGCCUACAUUGCAGUGCUUAAAAGGAAAGAUUCAACUAUUUUGAAUGUUUUAUUGUAUUUGUGCAUCUCUGAGCGAUGUUCUAUCAAUUCCUAGGGUCCUUUCAUGUUUAUCUGAGCUAUUUGCUGUUCAAGCAGGCAAAAAAAUACAGCCUGCUUGAACAACGACUAGCUCAGAUACACAUGAAAGGACCCUAGAAAUUGAUAGAACAGUGAUGCACAUAUGAUAUAACAUUCAAAAUGGGUGAAUCUUUCCUUUUAGAGGAUGGAGAAAUUACAUUUUGUUAAGAUAUUACCUGUUUCAAGUGUCAAUGUACACGUGGUAGAACCCGAAGAAUAUCACUAAAUCCAUUUAAUCUCGCUCUUAAUAACUGUUGCUUGUGUUAGAUAAUCUUUGGUGUAGUCACACUUUAAAUUCUGAUCUCAUGGGUAAGGUGUUUAAUUAACCUGUAGUUCCAUAACAUGAGAUCUACAUCAACAAUGUUUUUGCUUCAUAGGAAAGCAAUUACAUUACAAUUGUGCCAGCAAUCAACUUUUUGUGUUUCCAUGACAGCUGUUGAUGACCUCGGGAACAGAGCAGGCGUGUUGCCUGCAGAAGUUUUAGCAAUGACAUCAGGCCUUGGCCAGCCAACUUUGGACAUUCAGGCAGGCCCUCAAACUGCUAAAACUCCAGAGGGAAUGACUUGACCUGCUCUGCCACUCCAACAAUGACUGACAAGUAUUACAUAAAUCUAUGGUUCUUUACAUAUUGCAAAACAGUGCUUAUUAAGAAAACACUAAUUAGUACAAUGCAUUAUGGUGUGUGCUUGUUUUGGUGUGAACGUUUCAAGUGAGUAAAACAAAUUUGAACUCACAACAAUUAAAUAUGAAUUGGUCAAUAGUAUCUAAGACCAAAGCGAUCUUUUAAAAGCUGGCUACUUUUCUGACUGAUGAGAAGUAUGUCUACUUGAACGUCUAGCUAUUGAGUUCAGUUAUAGAAAAAACAUGUCUAAAGCAUAUGUCUUCAGAAGGGCUCAACUGGUAUAGCUGCCACGGUCAUUUGAAGAGGUUCUUGUAAUACUGAUCAUGUUGGAUGCUAAUGAAACAACCUGAAAAGUUGCCAGCGCCGAAGGAAUCGGAUCCCUACACAGAAGUUAGACGUUUAGCGUUUCAUUUGAUCAUUAUCCUUCAGAGGAAUUACCCUAAUUUACAAACACAAAAUUGACUGCUGUCAGCAUUUACUGUGCUAGGUAUUCCUUAGCUUUCUCCAGCCCCUCUUUGAGAAAAGAAAGUGGCUGUAAGUCACAGUGGAGGGGUCCUCGAACCCCCCCCCAGAGAAGCUAAAUGUGGCAUCUUCCUGAGGCUUCAUGGACUUCUCGUCCAGGAAGUAAUUGGCAUCGAUGUGGUGGACCUAGAGUCAUUAGGGGAAAAAUUAAUUCAUUUUCACACAACCUUUUAUUGGCGUUUUACUUGGGUCUGGCACAGGAUCCAGUUACAUUCCCUUAAAGUGAUGGUUCAGUUUUAUUUCGAAGUUUUGGCUUAUUUUCGACUUCCCUAGGCUGUUGUUGUUUCCUCCAAACCAGUUAAAUUAGUUAAGUAUCCAAAUCAAAGUUUAUUGGUCGCACAUAUAGAUUUGCAGGCAGGGUUGGGUAGGUCACUUUCUAAUUGUAAACCGUUAGUCAAGUUUAAUCUGAUUCCUUUGUUACAUUUAGAUUAAUUUCCCCUUGAGGCAUUACACAAAUUAAUUACAAAUCGAAUGACACCUACUGCAGGAUAAAUCCAUGUUAGUUUACAUAGCUGGUCAUAAAUGGAUGUUGCAUUGCACUUUGGGUUGGUUUUGUAGGCUUCUUCUAUCCCAUUGCUUUCUACUACAGAUAAUAAUACAAUUUAGAUUAUCUUUACAUUAAAAACCAACGUCUGUCAGAUUUCCAGUCAUUCCAAUUCAUUUAAUACCCCUUGAUCUUCAAGAAUAUGACUUGGAAAUAUGGAAGUAUAGAUUAGCCAAAUUGUUACACCUGAGCAUAACCCCAAAAUGAAGGACUUAUUAGCUAGCCCUACUCUUGUUGUUUACGAUUUUGUUUUCAUGGAGGACUGAUUGCGCAUUGCUUCGAGUUGAAAAAUAAAUGCUGCUCUCAUGGAA